UCCUUUCAAAAGCUCUAUGGAACGUGACUACGUACCACAAUAGUAUCGUCAGAAUGAAAUCUGCGCGUCGAUGUCAAGUUUAUGCUCCGACACGCUAGAGCCUUAUUUCGGUUGCGUUUCGGUACCCUGCAAGCCCAUCGAUCGGAUUGAUCAGUGUCGGAUACUACCAAGCACCCUCUGAUAUCAUUAGACAAGAUGCUCACAGUAACAUUGAUUAGACAUGGAGAGUCCACGCACAACGUAGUAAGGCUGAAUUAGCAAUCUGGCGAUACCCACUGAUAGUAAGACAAUUGCAGCUAGCUCUCUGGUCAGGCUGCACGGAAUGUCCUCUCACAGAAAGAGGUAAGUCAUAGUUCGAACGUGCGGUUAUCUAACGAGCAUCGCAACUGAUCUUGGCUAUCAGGGAUGCAGCAAGCACGCGCCGUAGGCUCAUACUUUGCAAACACACCAUUCACCAAGAUAUAUGCGUCCCCUCUACCCCGCGCCCGGGACACAGCCGAAGCGGUACUAGAUGCGCAGCCCAUACCCAAGCCUCUUCAUGAUUUCACCAUCACCCAGAUCAGAGAACAGAGCUUUGGAGCUGCAGAAGGGCAUCAAACGUGUGUACGGGAGCCAGGCAAGACCCUCGAAGCUCACUUUGCCGAGGGAAAAUACCCGAUUUUAUACGAAAGCGAGAAACACGUGGCGUUUCCUGGUGGGGAGUCGGCGGAGGAUCUGACGAGGAGGGGUGAGAGGGCAGUGAGGGAUGUUGUGCUUCCUCAUGUAGUGAAUGUUGCGAGGUCUGGGAAAGACGAGCAUAUCGCACUUGUGAGCCAUGGUUUGUGUAUUGCGCAAUUGGUGAGCGCAAUUGUACAAUUGGGUGGGGGGACAUGGAAGCGGAAGGGACCCAUGGUUAAUACGGGGUGGGUGAGAGUAGAGGUGCGGAUUCAGGGUGGGAUGUCGCUGGAAGUUGCGGACGACGAGGUUCCUCCGGUAGAAGUCACAGUGACGGAUGAAGGCAGGACAGAUCACCUUGAAGGCCUUCUGGACGGAGGUCCACUUCGUGGCAUGAAAGCGAUUAUGGGUGGAGGACUGGUGGAUGCAAAGAUCUAGAGCCCAAAUGAAGUAGAACUUGGAUCACGGAUGUCCAUACCUUUUGGCAUUUUAGCACGUUGAAUUCUUUAGCGCUUGUAUGGAUGUACAAUAACGGGGUGGACGACACUCCAGCGGGUACUGUUUUGUAACAGUAGAGUAUUACUUCAAAAUAUACUUCGGAUAGACGGACUACUGGCACGAGAGCGAUU